UGUGCUGUUAGAAAAUUGGCAGCCCUAGCGGUGGCCUGGUGGCAGGAGCGUUUAACAGACCUGGCCUUCUAAGAUCUGGGCUGACAGUGGAAUAAAGGGAGUGUAGUGUACAAUAAACUGGGUUUGCUCUUGGGCUUAGUUUGGCACAGUGCUGGGGGGCGGAGAGAAGGUAGUGCUCAAAAAACACAAGAACAGUUUCUGGCAGGCCCCUAUGGGGUUUGGCACGGCCCUGGCAGCGGGGCGCCGCCCCAGAAUCCGCUCUGGUUGGGGGGAAUGGGCGAGGCGCGAGCACGCAGAGCGCGCGGGAAGAAGCCAACCCCCGGACUCUAGGAGCAGCGUGUGCGUCCUCAUUCCUUGCCCAGGCGGUACCGCCCACGCGCCCGGCCCCAGCCCUGUUGGCGCGCGCCCCCUCCCGCCACUGGCUGCCACCAUGAUCUGCUUGGUGCUUACCCUGUUCGCCAACAUCUUCCAGAGAACUUGCACUGGAGUAAAUGAGCGCACCUUCCUAGCCAUCAAGCCAGAUGGGGUGCAGCGGCAUUUCAUAGGAGAGAUCAUCAGGCGCUUUGAAAAGAAGGGCUUCAAACUGGUGGGGAUGAAACUCAUGCAGGCCUCGGAAGACUUGCUGAAGGAGCAUUAUAUAGCCCUCUGUGAUCGCCCCUUCUACAGCCACCUGGUGGAGUACAUGAGAUCGGGUCCUAUUGUAGCCAUGGUCUGGCAGGGGCUGGAUGUGGUAAAGAUGGCUCGUACAAUGAUUGGAGAAACUAACCCUGCCGAUUCCAGACCCGGAACCAUCCGAGGGGACUUCUGCAUUGAAGUCAGCAAGAAUGUGAUUCAUGGCAGCGACUCGAUCGAGAGUGCCCGGCGGGAGAUUUCGCUCUGGUUCCACACAGACAAGCUGACCUGUUGGGCGGAGAGCACUGAGCACUGGAUCUAUGAGUAAUCAGAAUGGUCUGGGGCAAGGGUAUCUUGCUGACACACAGAGCUGCAGCUGGACAGUAGUAGUAACCCCAUGGCAAACCUAGUCAAAGCUGUAACCUGCUUAAUUUUGGCAGAGGUGCUUAAACUUUACCAUGGAGAGAGCUGCAGGCCACAUUCCAUUGGCAAAAGAGGCAGCUGACAGCACUUCCUUUCUGUGUUUUAAUGCUGAGGUGAGAUGGUGACAGCAUUCAAGCUGCAGCACUGCAAGCUGGAAGAGGUCCUCUUCACCACGUUAAAGACAAGGGCAACCAUUGGGGAUGAGAAACUUGAUAAGCCUCACUUUGCCUACCAUUGCGUUAACUGAGUUGAAUGUGUUUUGACAAUGUGAGGGAUAUAUUUGGGGAGACUGUUUCCUUGCCAAUUCUGGCCUUGGCUUUCAGCGCUCAAUGGAAUGAAAACACUACUUGACAAUGGGGCCAGUACCUCAAACUUCUACUAAACUAGGCAGCAGAUAGUGCAAACUAUGACUGAGACCUAAUUUCAGACCAUCUUUCAGUCACUGCCAAUUGCCCUUUCAUUUCCUCAUGCAAAUUGUUGCUGUCUGGGGUGGGCAAAGUGUAUAACACGGCCCCAUCUUUUGAGAAAGGCUUGGCAGCCCUUUGAGUGCAAGCACACCAGCUUUUGGCCUUUGAGUCCCCAUUGCAUAUUCCUACUGCCCUCCCUUGGAACAUGAUCAAGUGCCCAGAAGCUUGUUACAUUAAAAGAUAUAGUUGGAUAUAGGUGGAGGCUGAUGGGAUGUGCUCUUUCUUUUAACUUGUUUUCCUCCAUUCAUAAAAACCUGUGUAUUCAGCCAGCUGUUAAUUCCAUAGCUAUUGGGAAUGCGUCCCACACCAUGUGAGUGGAGGCAAUAAACUCAACCAGUCUCUUUAGCUGGCAUGCUGGCUGCAAUGCCAGUGCAAAGGGGUUGUAUGAGG